GCAGACCCCCUGAAUUGCUACUUGGUGCCACAAAGUAUGGCCCGGCUAUUGACAUGUGGUCAGUAGGUUGCAUCUUUGCCGAACUUCUGCAUGGGAAACCAAUCUUGCCGGGGAAAAAUGAGCAUGAGCAACUGAACAAGAUUUUUGAGCUCUGUGGAUCACCUGACGAAAAUAAUUGGCCCGGUGUUUCCAAGAUGCCUUGGUAUAACAAUUUCAAACCAGCACGGCCCUUGAAACGCCGUGUAAGGGAGGUCUUCAGACACUUUGAUCGCCAUGCCCUUGAACUAUUGGAGAAAAUGUUGGUGCUUGAUCCGUCACAGAGAAUAUCAGCAAAGGACGCUCUUGAUGCCGAGUACUUCUGGACUGAUCCUCUGCCAUGUGAUCCAAAGAGUCUACCGGCAUAUGAAGCAUCCCAUGAGUUCCAGACAAAGAAAAAGCGGCAGCAGCAAAGACAGAAUGAGGAAGCUGCGAAAAGGCAGAAAGUGCAGCAUCCACAGCAGCAGCAUCGGUUACCUCCUAUCCAACACGGUGGAGGUCAGUCUCAUCCGCCUCCACAUUGGCCCGGCGGUCCUAACCAUCCCAUUAACAAUGCACCCCCACAAGUAGCUGCCGGACCUAGCCACCAGUACUAUGGAAAGCCCCGUGGUCCGCCCGGUCCUAACCGUUACCCUACUAGCGGAAGCCAAGGCGGAGUUUAUAAUCAGAACCGUGGGGGUUACAGCAGCGGAUCAUACCCUCCACAAGGGCGAGGUGCACCACCAUAUGGAGCUGGUCCUAGAGGACCACCACCCAGUG